AGAUAAACUUCAGUGGAUAUUCAUAGGAAUUUGGUUAACCAGUUAAAAUUCAUGAAUAAACCAGAUUUUAAAAAAACCUGAAAAUAUGACCAUUUGGAGUGAGCAAUCCAUAAGACUGGAUUAUCCUUGGGGUCAGGAAUGUUGACCCAGGUGAGACUGGGAAUGUUUGUCACAGGUAUGUAUCUGCCUCAGCUAAUACCCUGAACAGUUGUUCCCCUGUCUAGUACGUUAUCCAGUUUUAAAUCUCAAAUAGUGAUUAGGUCACAUAAAGUGGCACUUAUUUCAUCCAACUUCAGGAUUGCUCAUCAGUACAUAUACUAUAUCUGUAAUACAUAUUCGAGCUCUUUAGUUUUGGCUUUCAGUAAAAAUUCACCUACAGAGUUUAAUGGCUUCCAAGCUCUGUUCCAGAAUAAGCACCAUUAAAAAACGGCAUUAAUAAUACUCAUAAAUAGGUACAGGUGGAUCCCUUAUCCAGAAUUCCCAAAUCCAAACUACUCAAGUCCAAAAUUGACCACAUAGGUGGCUGAGAUACUGACACAUUUGUUUUCUGGUGGAUCCAUGUUCACAAACUUAGUUACACAUUAAAAACGAUUAAAAAUAUUGUGUAUAAAGGCUAUAUAAGGUACAUGUGAAACAUAUCUGAAUUUUGUGUUUAGACUUGGGUCUCACUUCCAAGACAUCUCAUCAUGUUUAUGCAGUCAUUCAAAAAAUAAAUAAAUCUGAAAUCCAAAACACUUCUGGUCCCAAAAUUUGCAUAUAAGGGAUAUUCAAACUGUAAUUGAAUAGGACAGUCUGUGGUGUGUAUGUGUAAAGGGAUCGGGGUGAUCAUGAGUCCAGUAACCAUAUGAACCAUGACUCUAGAAUCUUCAUUGAUGACAUCACUGUGUUGUAAGUUGGAGGUUGCCUCAACUGACUAGGACUGUCAGUUGUUUCCAGUCCUCUCGAGUGGAGCAACUCCCCUUGCGGCUCUUAGAGCAGUCAGGUCCCAGCGCCUUUUUUCGAGUGUGUCUUCAGCUCCUAAUUUCGGAGCAUAUAUUUCAGACGAUAUUAUUGAGUUUCUUUUUAACUUGAUAAUAUUUGGUUUUGGAAAAUCCAGAUUCGAUCAUUGUAAGCUUCCUCGGAAGGAAAACAUGCUGCGUCGCAGCGAAAGAUUGGCGGCCCUCCCGCCUAUUUCCUAUAGAGAGACCGGCGUAAGGAGGGUCUUCAAAAAGAUCAAUAGAAAAAGGCAUGUAUUUACUACUGAAAGAGCCUUCGAAGACCGUGCCAUGGACAGCAUCCCUUGCUGUAGUAGAAACUUGGUGGAUCAAAGACUUCUGGUGCCACGAAACACCACAACGUACAAGGCCCCACCAACACCUGUAAUAGCCCCCAUUUGGACCACACCAAGAAGACGUCAGAGGAAGACACUCUGGAUGGGGCUGAUCUUCCUGGCAUUCCUUUUCGGGAUUUCCUUAAGAUUCAUUCUCAGCACCAGGCUUUUGGCAGACAAGGAAAAAGGCAAUACUGGGGAGACAUUUCUAGACCCUCCAGUUCAGGGAAAGACAGCACCUGUGAGGCAAGAAAAUGAAGGCAUAAAGAAAAAUCUGGAAAAGACAAUGGCUGCUUCCCUUCCACAAACACCCGAACUUGACAUUCCUCCCGAUAACACUGAAAAUAUCCAUGCAAAUAUAAGAGUAGGAAUGUGUUACAUCGUUCAACCAAAUGCCUACAAAGAAGGGAGUGAUGACGCCACCAAGGAGGGUUUUCCUUUUAAAUCUUUAGGAGCAUUGGUGGUAAAAACCAGUAAGACAUUUGAGCCAGAGGCACUGGUUUGCCUGAUGGGCUGCUGCCGGAUUUAUCAGAGGUCACCAAAUGUGAUCUUGCAGACAGAUAAUUCACCAGGGAAUUGCUGGGCCAUGGAUGGCUCCCAGGGCUUCUUAAUCAUUAAACUGUCUCAACCCAGCUGCCCUUCAUUUUUACUUUUGGACCACCUUAAAAAGGAACUGGCUCCCACCAAGGAGAUCACCAGUGCUCCACAAAACUUUUCCGUAUAUGGAUUUAGGAAUGAUUUCGAAAUGGAAGAAGGAACAUUUCUGGGGUCGUUUAUUUACAACAUUAAUGAUCAGCCUACACAGAUGUUCAAACUGGAGGGAUCGUGUCUAGAAGGUUGGCAAUACCUAAAACUUGUGAUUGCAAGCAAUUGGAAUAACCCAAACUACACGUGUAUAUAUGAAGUUGGUGUAUAUAAUUAAAUAUUAGCUGUUAGGUUAUAGGCACACAAUAAAAAUAUGUUCAAAAGAAAA